AUAAACUAUGUUUGUCAAUGUCUUAAUAUUUUGAAGUGUUUUUAGUUAUCACAUCAGCAAAACAAUAGUUAGAUUUAUAUAAUAAAUUAAUACUAAUUCCAUUUUGAGCUAUUAUGUGCUGAUUUACAUUUUCUUAUUAUUUUUUUAUUUAAUUACAUUCAAUAUCAGCAAUUUUCCAUAAUAAGGUCAUAAUUCCUAUUCAUAAUGUAACAAAAAGUGUUGAUGUAUUUAAUGUGUAGGUACCUACCAAAGUACCAAUUGCUUAUCGUCAAUUGAGGUUAUGAUUGUAUCCGAACAGUAAAACAUGAGUAUUGACAAUUUUGGUAUUACUGCUCACAUGAAACUACCUAAAUCAGAAAAUAUCGGUGCGAAGAGAAUGAUAUCUGCGUUAUCAGCCAUAGCUCUUGAAAUGGAAAAAUACCAUGCAAGCACAUCCAUGUCAUGUCAUAAUUUUGGCGAAAAUGAAGAUUUAUAUGAGAAAUUGAGCCUGUGCAAAACAGAUCUCAGAGUAAAGAAGAAACGAAUCAAACAGCUGAAACAAAACUUAAGGAAAGCAUGCAUUGUAGCAAAAACAAUCAUAUCAGCAAAAGAAAAUGAAACUAUGUCGUUGCAUGAUGAUAUCAAUAAUGCCAAAAGUGAAUGUGCUGACUUUUAUAUGCAAAACACAUUAAAUGCUGAAAUGAUAGAACAUCUUGAAUCUGAGAAUAAAGCUUUACAUGAGAAACUAGAACAUUUUCAUAAGUUCAUUCGUCUUGGCUAUGAGGAACUACAAAAGAUGCGCAAAAUUCCGAUCGGAAACGUUUCUACAGGAAUACAGUUGAAAGAAAUCAUACUCUCAUGUGGUCAAUACUUUGCUGAUUAUUGCAACGAAAGAGAUACUUGUGCCCAAAUGGAACAAAAAAAUCGUUUUCUCAAUAAUAAAGUCUGUAUAUUAGAGACAAAUAUAAAUGCCAUUGUUGAACACCUAAAAAAUGUUCAAUACCAGAACUCUAAACUCCGUAAAGAAAAUAACUUAUUAAAAAAUAAACAGUUGAAAAUUAUGGAAAGCAAAGCUUUGAAAACUCAGGAGCAGGAUAAUCAUUGUUUAUCGGUGAAGUUAAAUCAAACCUCGAUACAACAAAGGAAGGACGAUGAUCGCCCAUUCGAUUUGUCAACACAUUUGUCCUUGGUAGAAAAUCUUCUCAAUGAUCAAGAUAUGAUGCUAAAAGAUUUAAAAAAGUUGUCGGAAGAACUAGCUAAUACAUCUGUAACGAACUCUACUCUAAAGCUGUCAAAAUGAAUAUUUAAUGAAACAAGAUUCUUGUGUGGUUUCCUUAUUGAUAAGAGGCUUAAAAUAAAUUGAUCUCCUUACAGAAUUGCAAAAAAGGCGCAGUCGCAGUAGUUUAGGUUUAACAGUAAAAAUCAACAUCAGUCUAGUAAGGUUUCCAUUGUUAGAGCACACUGUCUUGGCAUAAACACGGAAUAGGAAGAAUGGAUUAUGUACUAAAGAUGUGAAAGUCCUCUGUCUUGCAAAGCCUCUACACUCCAGCAGAACAUGGGCGCUCAUCUCUUCCUCCUUCAGGCAGGCUCAGCACAGAGGGCUGUCAGAAAUACCUAUAUUACAAAGGUGUUUGUUGAAAUAGCCGUGACUCAUAACAUGGGCUCCAAACCGUGCUGCAAAAAUCUAGAAGAGACCUGACCUUUUUACAAUCGCCCAUAGAUUUCACUACCUUAAAAAAAUGCAUCAUCUGCAUAAAGUAAGUGCUGACUAUGUUUGAUGACGUCACCCAUGUCAUUAAUAUACAAAGAAAUGCGAACGAAAUGCGAAGAAACGAAGAAAUGCGGGCCUAAAUGCGAACCUUGCGGUACACCUGAAGGCACAAGAAGGAAUUGUUAUGUAUAACCUUUGAUACAAACUGCUUGAAAUCUAUUUUUAAUAUAAGAUUCGAUCUAUCUCAACAGAUUGCCGUGCAUACCGGUCAUUUUUUUAUUUCUUGUAUUGAAUUUAUUAUUGUUA